AUGCUUUUGUCAAGAAUAGAAGUAGCAGGAAUGGUAUCUGAGAUCCGUCGGGAGGUGAUUAGUUUUUUCUCCAAUCAUUUUAAAGAACCUCUUGUUGAUCAACCCAAUUUAGAUGUGGUUGUCUUCCACACGUUUUCUAGUGAGGAUAGUGUCACUCUUACCACUCCUUUUAUUCUCAUUGAAAUCAAUCAGACAGUUGCUCAUUGUGAAGGUAAUAAGAGUUUUGGACCGGAUGGGUUCAAUAUCUUAAUUUUUUAUAUGAUUUUAACACCUUCUUAA